AUGCCGCCCAAGGUCGAUGUCAACGAUCCAGAAAACGUACGGCUUCUCAAGCUCUUCGAGUCGCUCAACCUGAGCGGCAACAGAGCCAUCGAGACGCUCACAAAUCCAAAGCACGUAGCCGCACUCGAAAACGUCAUCGUAGACAACCACCUUACCGACAAGUCCAUCGACCCCAAGGCAUCAGCGCUCAUCAUCUCUGCCUCCACCGCCAAAGACGCUUCCAACAAGAACAGCAGAGACUAUGUCGUAUCACGCAUCCUCGACGGCAGCCUCACUUCAUCAGAUCAAGUAAACGCAGCAUACAAAUAUCUCGAUACCGUCGAUGGCGAGCCAGACAAGCAAGCCUUUGACAAAGAAUGCGGUGUUGGCGUCGUCGUGACCCCAGAGCAGUCUCGCAAGGCCGUAGACGAAUACAUUGCAUCGCACAGAUCCGAACUCGACCCUGUCGAAGGCUGGCCAAAGCUCGGUUCGAUCCUCGCAGGCGUCAAAGCAACGCCAGAAAUGCGAUGGGCAAGCGCCGUCGACCUCAAGAACUCGGUAGAUGCUGCACUCCUCGCCACAUACGGUCCCAAGAAGGCGCCACCACCCAAGGAAAAGAAGAAGGCCGCGGCUUCCACCUCUGCUGAUGCCAAGAAGGAAGCGACAGCACCCGCCGGCCCCGUCGACCCAGAUGCCAUGUUCAAGGAAGGCUUCCUCGCAAACCUCCACAAGCCUGGCGAAAACCCUCAGAUCAAGCCAGAGCUCAAACAGCAGCACCUCGCUGCUACCAAGGGCUUGGUCAUGACUCGUUUCCCACCAGAGCCCAACGGUUUCCUCCACAUCGGCCACAGCAAGGCCAUCGCCGUCAACUUUGGCUACGCCCGCUUCAACGGUGGUCUCUGCUACCUCCGAUACGACGACACAAACCCAGAAGCAGAAGAAGAGCAGUACUUCACCAGCAUCCUCGAGACCGUUCGAUGGCUUGGCUUCGAGCCUUUCAAGGUCACCUACUCGAGCGACUACUUCCAACAGCUUUACGAUCUCGCCGUCGAACUCAUCAAGCGCGGCAAAGCCUAUGUCGACCACUCGACACCAGAAGAGAUCAAGGAGCAGCGAGGUGGUCCGGAACGCGGUCCACGCAAGCCUUCGCGCUUCCGCGAUCGACCCGUCCAAGAGUCUCUGCAGGACUUUGAGGACAUGAAGAACGGCAAGUAUGCUCCGGGCAAAGUUACGCUGCGUAUGAAGCAAGAUAUCGAGAACGGCAACCCGCAGAUGUGGGAUUUGAUCGCCUACCGCGUGCUCGAGGCUGCGCAUCACCGCACGGGCAAGCAGUGGUGCAUCUACCCCACCUACGACUUCACCCACUGUCUCGUCGAUAGCUUCGAAAACAUCAGCCAUUCGCUCUGCACGACCGAGUUCAUCCUCUCGCGCGAGUCUUACGAUUGGCUCUGCGAUGCACUCGAGGUGUACAAGCCACGCCAGUCCGAGUACGGCCGUCUUGCGCUCCAGGGCACCGUCAUGUCUAAGCGCAAGAUUCUCAAGCUCGUCAAGGAACGCUACAUCGAGGACUGGGACGAUCCGCGCAUGUUUACGCUCAUCGCCUUGAGGCGCAGAGGUGUGCCUCCCGGCGCCAUCCUCUCGUUCGUCAGCGCUCUCGGUGUCACGACGGCCAAGUCGACCAUCCAGAUCAGCCGAUUCGACCAGGCUGUACGACAGUACCUCGAGUUCUCGACGCCGCGUCUCAUGAUGGUGCUCAACCCGCUCAAGGUAACCAUCGAGAACCUGCCCGAGGAUCACUACCAAGAGCUCGAGAAGCCGCUGCAUCCCAAAGCGCCCGAGAUGGGGAUCAACAAGAUCCCCUUCACGCGCACCGUCUACAUCGACUCGUCCGACUUUCGCGCCGAGGACAGCAAGGACUACUUCCGAUUGGCACCCGGCAAGACCGUCGGCUUGCUGCAGGUUCCCUUCCCCAUCACGUGCAAGUCGUUCAAGACCAACGAACAGGGCGAGCCUGUUGAAGUCAUCGCCACCUACGGCGAUGCCAGCACGGCCAAGCCCAAGACGUACAUCCAGUGGGUGGCAGAGCACGCACCUUCCAAGAGUCCCGUCAAGGUGGACGAGACGCGCAUCUUCCACCAGCUGUUCACCUCGGAUGACCCUGCGGCCGAGGAGAACUUCCUGGACCACGUCAAUCAAGAUUCGCUCGAGAUCGUGCGUGGAGCCAUGGUCGAGGUCGGCUUCUGGCAUGUGGCGAGGCAGAGCGUAGAGCAGGCGAGAAAGGAUGCUGCCGAGCGCACCGAGAAGGCGGAAGCGGAUGCGAAGAAGGCGAGGAGCCAGACCGAGACGCAUGCGACAGAGUCGGCGGGUGCGGGCGCACCGAGCAGGAGCGCGGAUCAGUUGGUGGGCAAGGAGCUGAUCAGGUUCCAGGGUAUGCGUACCGCCUACUUUGCGUUGGAUCGUCUGAGCGGCGAUUUGGGUCUAUUUGGCGAUAAGCAGGAGGGCGGAAAGAUUGUGCUCAACAGGAUCGUAAGUUUGAAGGAGGAUGCAAAGAAGGAUGAUAAGAAGGUGGCGGUGGCGUCUUCGGCGGGCAAGAAGGCUAAGUGA